AUGAGUAGCGAAAAGAUUCUAGUUGCUCAAGAGUUGAAUCCGAGUCAAAGUCCAGGCUCAAUUCCCAUUGGAUACAGCGCCGAAGAAGAAAACUCAAGGGUGAACAUGGUUGAUAGAGAUGAGAAUGAGCUUGAACUAGGAACAUCAGAGCACGAGGAACUUGGCAGUGAAGAUGAAUCCAACGUACAUUCGGAUCCAGACAUUGAACAUGAAGUUAUUGAGGUGUCCAAUGAAUCUCCACAAAAAUCAAAUGUCUUCUUGGGAAGGACUUCGGGAGCGGAAGACCAUAAUGAUGUGGUUGAAUUGCGAGAGUCGAAUACUAACAAUGAAAUACUAUCUCAUGAUCAAUACGUGGAAGUCAUAGAUUUAGAUAGUGAAGAGGAAAUUGAGAAUUUGGAAGAGGAAGAGGGGAAUGAGCAAGUGGGAAAAAUGGACAAUGAAAAUGAUGAACAUGAUUAUGAAAACGAAAUAGAAGAGAUGGAGAACAUGGAUGAAGCAGAGGAGGGGGGUCCUGGUAAAGAGUAUGAAGAGGAAGAAGUCUACGAGCAGGUGGACACCAAUUCUUCGGGAAAUGAAGAUGAAGAAAAGCGUGAACAUAUUUAUGAAGAACAUAAAGAAGAUAACGAACUCUCAGAUAGCGAAGUUGAAGACCUCGAUUUACAAAACGAAGAAAUGAAUCUACAGACGGAUUCAAAUAUGAUACGUGAGCAUGCAACGAGCAAAUCACUGUCAAACUUUUCAGAAUUCCCUAUUUUCAUAAAUAUUCGUGGGGAUGAGUUCUUGCUCGUCCCAUUCUUUAAUGAUUGCAACUAUGAUCUAGAGGACACUAUAUCUCUUUUCACGCUUGAUGAAGUGGUGAACUGCACUUUAUCAGAGUUUUUUAAGUUGCUUAGAGGGAAUGGAGACUUGAUCGAUGCCUAUGAUUUCAAUAAAGAGGAUGAGCUAUGUCUCAGGAUCCCCGAAUUAUCGUUACUCGUAACUGAGGACAAUGUACAUACCGGAGAUUUAAAAUUGAAAGAUCUAAUGGAUACUUACUUUUCAUUGAUCAGUCGUGACAAGAAGGACGACAAAGAUACUCCGGAUAAAAUGACUAUAUUGGUGAGCAUGCAGCCCAGGUUCAUAACUAACUACAAGAGAAUACUCGAUGCUGCAAUUAGCGGGAAGCGUUAUUGUGAUUUGUUCGAUCCCGUGGGUGUCUCUGAAGAAAGCAAUGGCAAUCCGAAGAAGAGAAAAAGAUUGCUGCUGUAA